GAAACUGUCGACAGUUGUCAAAUAUGUAGGAGUGUUUCAAAAUAUUUCUGUCUCUGUAAUCUGUGUUUCUAAACAAAUCAUGUUCCGAAUGGAAUAGGGUUUGUUGAGGAUGUAAUAUUCAAUAAAAGAUAAAAUUUAAUUGAAAAUGUCAGUUUGGUUCAUCAAAAAAGCAUUCAACAUCAAAAAUGAAUGGAUUAGAGAAAGAACUGGUUGAUAGAAGACCCUUGGUUACAUGUGCUGGAGAGCUAGAAGUGUUCUCUCCCAUCGAAGAUAAUUUAUUGCAAUCUUUACCCAAAGAUUCUGCAGAAUGGAAACGCACCUUAGGAAGACCUGUAAGAUCAGUCCAUAUUGGUGCCAAUUUUGUACCUUUCAGUUCUGUUGGCCUACCUAAAGGCUCUCAGUGGGAUUUGAUACGUCAGCCUCUAUUCCAUAUCUAUUGGACUGAAUGUAAUGAUGUAGACUUAUAUAAGUCCACAUUGAAAGAAGAUAUUGAAGGCUGGUUAAAGGAACUGACUUCUAGAGAUAUUCAAGAUUGGUUGAUAGUUGUGGUAGAAAACUAUGAUGGUAAAAGAGCUAAUAAAUUGUUACCCAGAACAACAGUGUUAGAUAAAAUAAGAGCUGAUUUUGCUGUCAAGCAAGGAGAUCGAUGUAUUUCGGUGAUAAAUCCUGGAAAAUCGGAUACAACUGAGUCAUGGAAAGGUUUAAUAAAUCGUAUUCGUCAUCUGCUUCUUGUCGCUUAUUCAAAAGCUGUAUCACGAUUGGAAGAUCAUGUGAGGCAGCAAAGGGAGAAGAGAAAUGAACCAGGUUGGAAAUUUAUGAACUAUUUUCAUCUACAGGAGGAAUUAGCUCAAGUUUUGGAAAUGCUAGGACUUUAUGAUGAAGCUUUGGUUCAAUUCGAUGAAUUGGAUGCCCUAUUUUCUCAGUUUGUUGUCAAUGGAGUGACUUGUGAAUCAGUAGCUUGGUUGAGUGAUUUCCAAACUCCAUUGGAAAGAUGGCAUGCUUUGAAGUUAGGGCCUUCUCAACUAAUAAAAAAUCCUUCUAUUUUAGAACUCAGAGCUUACCUAUUUGCCAACCAGGCACAUAUGCUUUUGUUGACUGAUAAAGUGUGGCAGAUGGCCUAUAGAUGCUUACCUUUUUUGCAUACUUGUACUAGAGAAUUAUCGAUAUUAGAAAUUUCUUCACCACCAGGUGCUCUGGAUUGUUGGCUUUUCUUAGCUGCAAUGGAAGUUCUGCAGACUUGUGAUAAAUUUAAUCAUGCCGGUGAGGUGGAAGCAUAUUCCAAGCAUACUGCACCAUUAUGGGCUUACGCUAGUCAAAAGUUGAAAGCUUUGGGUGAAUUGUGUGGACUCCUGCCAGGAAGUACACCAACAUCUGAACAACUUCAUAUUGUUGUUGGUUUAUCAGCUGGCAUGGGAGAUAAUCCUGGAACACCCAUUGCACCUUCACCAACCGAUAAAUUGAAAGAGGCUCUGUGCUCUCAAGAAGCAUUCAAUAAAACGUAUUUGGAACUAGCAGAAUUGGCAAUGGGUACAUACAAGCACACUGGAAGAGCCAGAUCUGCCAGACUUGUUGGCAGGGAAGUAGCAGCCUUUUAUUUGCUGCUAGGGGAGACUCAGAAAGCUGCGGCAUUUUUGAGUGAUGCCUCAAGACUUUUUAGGCAAGAUGGUUGGAAUGAAGUUGCAGCUGAAACUGAAAAAGAACUGGCAGAUUGUUACAAACAGGCGAAGGAUUGGAGAAAGUUCAUCAGAAGCUGUACUCAUGUAUCGUCAGCAGUGGAUUUAGAUACUUUAGUUAGAUGGACUUACUUUGAUGAUAUGCGCAAAUACCUUGACAAGUUAGAUAAACCCUUAGUUGUGCCUUUCAGUGAUAUUAUUAAAAUAAUAAGCAUUAGUGUAAAAAAUUUAGGAAUAAUAAUGCAAGACAGUAAUAUUGAAUUGGAGUGUGUGGUAGAGUCUAAUUUUCCCAGAGAGAUAUUAUGUUCAAAUAUAUUAGUUUCAUUAGAGAGCGAACCAAGUAAGAGGACUGAGAAAUAUUGCAAGGGAAGGAGCCUUAAGGAAAAAGAUUUGAGGGAUACAGAUGUAGGUUUGAGGAAAUUGAAGAUACAAAGACAUCUGGAUUAUAAGCAAGAUAAACAGUUAUCAAGUGUUAGUGUUGUAUGUAAAUUAAAUGAGCUGAAAAGAAAGGAUAGUUGCCCACCUCCCCAUAGUGAUUUUCGAAGGUGCUUUGAUUCUGUCAAGUUGCCUUUUUUACUAACACCCGGAACAAAUCUUAUGAGACUGAGCACAAAGGCUACCCAAACAGGAAAAUACCAGUUAGGACAAAUGGCUAUUCAUAUUGGACAACUCCAACUCAUUUCGGAACCAAUAAUUCCAAGGCUUGCAUUAGAAGUUGAGGAAGAAGGACCUGCUUUGAGACUGUAUAAGAAUCCCGCACCUUUAUUAUCUGGCAUAGAGCAAACCAUGAAUUUAAUAUUGACAGUCGGCAGUUAUUCUGUUGAUCCUAAUCUUAAAAUAAAGCUUACCUCUUCUCGUGGUCUCACUCUACAAAUAAGUCAUGAUGCUCCUUUGACAAACAGCUGCGAAUUCCAAGUAGGCCAUCAAGAAAUAUUCUCAAGUGUUCGAAGAAAGCUUAGAGUGAUGGCAGACAUGCUUUCCAAAGAUCACCAAGUUUCCAUAAUAUGCCCGUGGAAUCCUAAGCCAAUAGUGGUUAGCUUAAGUUUUACUCCACCACUGACGAGCAGUUGGAAAUUACUCACAGUCAAAUUCAGAAAGUUUGUACAAAUUAGUGUAACGGGACAAUGUCAGACUGAUAUUAGCAUAGAGAAUCCUAGGUUGACCAUUAAACAAGGAUGCCAAAUUGUGGAUAAGAAUGAUAAACUUGAGACUCUACAAUAUGGACAUACGUAUUUAUUGAUAUGGGAGAUUAUCUUGGAUCCUAAUCUGAAAGGAGAAGGUCUAAAUGCUGAAUUCAACAUCACUUAUAGAAUAAAGCAAGUAGAUAUGGAACCAAAAUUAUACCAAUACUUUUUUGAUAUUACAGAUUACGAGACUUUAUACAUCUUAGAUGCAAACUUGGAACCUGCCAAAGGAAACGAGUUCUGUCGAGUUGGUUUUCUCUGUCAUCUCAAUCUUACUAUAAGGAAUGUGAGAAGUUCUCUAGACAAUAACGUAAAAACCAAAUCUAUUAUGUACGAGGUGCUUGCGGAACAGAGUGUUUGGGCUGUUUGCGGAAGGACAGCAGGCGUAGUCAGCUUUGAGUCCAAUGUUGAGCCUGAAGUGAUAGUUUUGGAUAUUAUGCCUUUGACAGCAGGAUAUUUACCGUUACCUCUUGUUAGAAUAUCGAAAUAUAUACCUGCAGAAGGACACUCAGGGAAAAAUGAAACUCAUCCGAGAUUAGAACCUUUUAGUGCUGGGCAAGUUUAUAAUGCUACAAAAGGUAAACAGGUACAUGUUAUUGCCUCUCCAAGUGACAAUAACUCGUGAAGA